AUUGGACAGCCUGUGUCCGCCAUGACGCAGGAAGCCCGCCUCAUUGGUCCGCCCAGUCGGGACUCCGGCGGCUUUUCACCGUAUCGCUCAGGGUACGCAUCCGCUUCUCUUCCUCUAAGUGGGCGCUCGUUUCCUUCUGUUGCCCGGAGCUGCUAGCCUAAAGGGAUCCAGACCGAGCUAGGCCGGGCACCAUGACGACUCUGGAUGAUAAGUUGCUGGGAGAGAAACUACAGUACUACUACAGCAGCAGUGAGGAUGAGGACAGCGAUCAUGAGGACAAGGAUGGAGGCAGAGGUGCUCCAGCCAGCGGUUCCAUGCCUGCAGAGGCUGAGCUGGCAGGUGAAGGCAUCACAGUUAACACAGGUCCAAAAGGUGUGAUCAAUGACUGGCGCCGCUUCAAGCAGUUGGAGACAGAGCAAAGGGAGGAGCAGUGCCGGGAGAUGGAGAGGCUGAUCAAGAAGCUGUCCAUGACCUGCAGGUCUCAUCUGGAUGAAGAGGAGGAGCAACAGAAACAGCAGGACCUCCAGGAAAAGAUCAGUGGGAAGAUGACUCUGAAGGAGUUUGCCAUGAUGAAUGAGGACCAAGAUGACGAAGAAUUUCUGCAGCAAUACCGGAAGCAGAGAAUGGAAGAGAUGCGGCAGCAACUUCACAAGGGGCCCCAAUUCAAGCAGGUUUUUGAGAUUCCUAGUGGAGAAGGGUUUUUAGACAUGAUUGAUAAAGAACAGAAAAGUACUCUCAUCAUGGUCCAUAUUUAUGAGGAUGGCAUUCCAGGGACCGAAGCCAUGAAUGGUUGCAUGAUCUGCCUCGCAGCGGAGUACCCGGCUGUCAAAUUCUGCCGGGUGAAGAGCUCAGUUAUUGGGGCCAGCAGCCGGUUCACCAGAAAUGCCCUUCCUGCCCUACUGAUCUAUAAGGGGGGUGAACUAAUUGGUAAUUUUGUUCGUGUCACUGAUCAGCUAGGGGAGGAUUUCUUCGCUGUAGACCUUGAAGCCUUUCUCCAAGAAUUUGGAUUACUCCCAGAAAAAGAAGUUUUGGUGUUGACAUCUGUGCGUAACUCUGCUGCCUGUCAUAGUGAGGACAGUGAUCUGGAAAUAGAUUGAACUACGGUCUAGUCGAUAGAUCUUUUAGUUUGGGCUGAAGGGCACACAUCCUUGUUUACUUUGGUUCCUUCCUUUGUCUUCCGGCUUUUCAGCUGUCCUUUGUAGUCCCUUUAUUAUGUAUGAGAAUCAAGAAAUUC